AUGGGUUAUCGGCCAGUAGCUCCUAAGAACUGGGAAACGGUGCCACAAGCAGAUGAAACAUUGGAAAACAGUUGGAACAUCUCACAGAGUGAUAGUAGACUCGUGUGGCUAAUUAUCGUCUUCGUUCUUGGCGCACCCCUACUUCAAAUAUACAGAGACAGUCAAACAACAGCAGGUAAUGAUGUCAAUACAGGCCAAGAAGAGAAGAUUCCCCAGUCAUCAAAAAAUGAAGCAAUUCAUCCUGAUCAGUGGAAAAUAACUGAAUCGCACUUGGAUAAUCAGGAGUUAUCGACAUUGACACCGCCCGGAAACGAGGAAAUUUUGGGGCGAAGUGUGAUUGAGACAGGAGGCGAGUCUCAGUCACCGAACAAAAAGGAGGAGGAAAUUGUGGUGCAGGGGAAAGAGGAUAUCGCAGAAGCAGAAACAAAGAAAGACAAUGCAGCAACAAUUGAGGCAACUUCAAAUUUGUCACAACAAACCAAUUAUGCAGAUUCAGAUGUCUCUAAUAAUAAAAACCUAAUAAGGGAAAUGGAAAAACUGUUGGAAAGGUGGCAAGUAUGCGUAGGGGAUGCAUCGACCAAUAAAACAGAGGCAGAUGAAACAUUCAGGAUUGAGACGGAGAGAGCGGUUUAUUGGCGAACGGAAGCGAUGCGAACUGAAUCAGUGGCUGCGAAGGCUGUGGCACUUUUUUUCGAGGAUGCGGCGGCUGCUUGGCGCGACGCAGCAGAAAAGUGGGAAGCUGUGAUGAAGGAAUGUCACAAAUCCCUAGUUGAGUCCGACACAGAUGUGAAGGAGGUGGGCCUCGAAAACCGCUUGAAUGGGCUUGUCUCAAGGGCGAACAAUGUAACACGAUUCUGGAUUGAAGCACUGGAUUCCAAGAUUGCAGCAGAGUUAAAAUCGAAGAAGGCCGUGGAUGAAGAAAAAACCAUGUCAGUUGAGGUACACAAGGAUAUUCUGCUCAUAAACACCAUCAUCAUGAUGUUCGAGCUGAAUGUCACAAUCGCCAUUGUGAACGCCUCGGUUUAG